AUGAGGGCUUUGAAUAUUUCCUCAAUGAGAGGCCAUAAAGAGAGGGAGGAUGGACUUCGAUUUUCUAUAAGCAAUGGUGGAACGAGCUGUAUGGAGUUGAGAUGGUCUCUUAUAGCAAGGAGGCUUCCAGGGCGAACAGACAAUGAAAUAAAGAAUUAUUGGAAUACUAAUCUUAAGAAGAAAGUUCGAGGUCACCCAACAUACUCCUCGAACUAUGAGCAAUUAUCAAACAGAUCCAAACUAAAAGAUACUCUCAUAGUGAGCCCGUCUAAAACAACCCCCUUGCCAUCAACUAGCACAAAAUCAUUUGCAAUACGUGCCAAGCCAUCUAAACACGUUCACAUUCACAAGCCAGUAGAAGCAGGGCCUUCAAUGGCACAAAAGUACUCAACGAAAGAUGAUUGCGAUGCUACCAAAUUGGAUAUUGCUUUGGAAAAUAUGGAUCAGUUUGAUCAUUCUAUGAAAAUGAAUUUUGAGAUCGAUGACAAUUGUCUAUUUGAUUUUCUUGAUGCAGAUUUUUCUCAACUUUGCAGUUUUAGCGGUCAGUUUGAAAGGGAAUGCGACACUACUACAUUUGGAAAUAGAAGUUGCCACUCAAUUCCAAGUUCUAAUGAAAAGUUAGUAUUGUUCCCUGAAGAAAUAUUUCUUGGAUCAAUAUGGUCACCAGAAAUUGAUUGGCUCCAAGAUUGA